CAAACAUUGAACGUGACGGUAGACUGCUGACAUCAACCGAGGGGGCAUCUGGGCCAGAGUAAAUCAUCACUACUGUGCGGUUGUCAACUUAAAGGGACUGCCUGGAAGGAGCAAUGAAGUUUCUACCUGCACCAUUGCUUUUACUAGCUAUCUUCCCCUUGGUUGUUGUCGCGACAAGAAGACGUGUGCCGUUCAUGAACUGCCCAUCGUCAAAGUCAAGCAGUGGCCUUGCGAUUCUCAAACCAGCCCGAAGCAGAAUCGAGUGUUCUAUUAUCUGUCUGAAUGACCCAGGCUGUCUGUCAGCCUCCUACUGCAAGUCUGGCGAUGGGUACACUUGUGAGCUGAGUGAAGUUUAUUUGGAAGGGGGAUGUUCCGGGCUUGCGGCUGCUGCUGACUGUACCCAGACAGCUGUUGUAUAUCCAUGUGAAAAUGGGGGAACGUUCCUUCAUGAGAACAGGACCUGUCGAUGCGCUGAUGGCUAUGUUGGAGACUACUGUCAGCGCCGUUACAGAGAUUGCCUGGAGACGCCUGCUGCAGGUGAUGUGUACACCAUUCAGCCAUUUGGAUCUGACUACACCUUUCAGUGGAAGUGUGGUCCGGGAGUGACUUACACCAAACUGUCUGAGUAUUGGUCGACAAGGAAUGUCAAUUUUACGUAUACCUGGGAGCAGAUUAAACAAGGGAUUAUACCUUAUGCGGGUUUUUUCUUUCCUGGCCCUGAAGUUAUACACCAGUUAACUACACAAGGUGCAUAUGAUCUAUUUCUUGUGAUGUUUAUUUUGGGAAAACCAGGUGGUUACGUUAUCUACAGAAACUUUAGGGUGGACUCAGAAGCAGAGGGCUACGCUUGUCACUGGGAUUCAUUCGACAGGAAACACACUGCUUCCUACAAGAGUGAGGAGUAUCUUGAUGGGCUUGGGGCGUUAGGUGAUUCCAGUAAGAGCAUGAAUGGAGCGCGUUUUGGAACUUUUGACAAGGACAUAAAUGGAUGUGCAAGUGGUUACUUCAACCUUCCGUGGUGGUAUAACCAACUUGGGUGUACAUUUGUAAGAAUUGAUCCAGAUGGAAUGAACUGGCCAACUAACCGAAGCGGUACUGUUGCAAUGGAGAAAGUGGACUUUGCCAUUCUUGGCUUAACCGAUCCGAACUGGCACGUAGAAGAUGACCUUGUUCUUUAAAAUCAUCAUUGUAAAUGCAUUCAGCCAUACUUAAAAUGUGAACAUGUGAACAACCCCUAACCCAACAACACGCAGUCUCGAAAGAUACCUUCAUGCCAUCCAAUACAAAUACACGUUAUUUUGUCAUCACAACUAUCACACUAAUUUGGGAGCCAGAAUGAGACAUACCAUUUUUUAGUAAUCAAUUAAUUGUCUGUGAAUUGCUUCAUUAGACAUAUGACUGUUAUAGAUAUUAACUUGAAUUUGGCAACGGUCAUGUUAUAUUUUAGGAAUUGUGAGCUUCAAAUUUAAUGUAACAAUAAUAGAUGUAUCCUGUAGUUUCGUAAAUUAGUUAUGCUUGAUAUACAAUGAUUUUCUGUGUAUAUUACUUGCGUGGAUAUGUG